UUCUUGUUCGUGUGUUUUCGAUUUUUCGCGCGCCUCUGGCUCUGUCUCUGCUCCUUGCUUUCGCUGUCAUUCGUGCUGACGCACCUUGUUUCCGUUUGUUUCCUCGGUCUUUUGCGGAUCUUUUCGAAACUCGACUGACAGCUUUCUCUUCGUUUCGACUGGCACCUGGCUUUCAAAGUCUUGACUCCGCCUGCUGCUCAGGUCCUCCGCUGACCACAAAAAGAGUCCUGGGCACGAUCCCGCCAACAACGUCGAGUUACACACACCACACGUCAAAUUACCUUUGGCAGUUAUAUAAAUACAUAAAUAUGUACAUAUAUGUGUAUGUAUAUGCAUAUAUAUGUAUAAGUACGUAUAUGUAUGUACAUAUAUAUGUAUAUAUAUGUAUAUAUAUAUAUAUAUAUAUGCAGUUACACAUUUUGUAUUGGGGUAUGAAUGCUUUGUAGAACUUGAAGUCCUAUCGCUGUCUCUGAGAAUUCUUCGGCUUCACCCUCACGGGUUGCUUCUGAGUCUGCCGAGAGCUCUGGAGAGCGCGCCGGGCGUUCCUACGGCUCUCUGGCGCAUACUGGAGUUUUCCUCUCGCACUUUGUCGAGGAAAAUGGAUGUCUUUCCAGCUUUUUCAUUCGGGAGGGAAUCGGAAAGCAAAGAGAAGAUGACACACUUCAAAGAGAGGGGGAAAAAGGGAAACGAGCAGAGCCUGUUCCAGUUCUCUCUUCCUCGCGUCGCCGGCACUCUGGGCGAACUCACGACAACAACGUUGCUUCUUCUGCGCAUUCCGAACCAGAUGCCGACUGAUAAAGAGACACUUGGAGAGCCGCAUCGGUCGCAGUAG